AUGGAGGGAGGGGCUUGGAACGAGUGGCCAAGCGAGGCACAGUCCCAAACGCCCACAGCUUCUGCUCCGGUCACCACAGAACCCCGUCUGCUAGCAGGUGCCCUCACUGGGCCCAAAACGAGGCUGCGCGCGCCUGAGAGGCCCCGCCCCCAAGGCGCGGGCGCAGCCACGCCCCCUUCCCGGUCAUUCCCUCUCCGAAGGAAGCAAGAGGGAGAAGGCUUGGUGCUUUGCGAAGGGCGCAGCGCUCCUCCUCCACUUCCUCCUCCCGCGGGAAGCUCGGGGUGGCCGCCAGAGCAGCCGAGCCCAGGCUCCUCCCCUCCCCGCCCCCUGCCCGGGAGCGGCCUGCCUUCCACUCCGCCCGCCGAGAUGGCGCUCGACCCCGCAGAACAGCAUCUCAGACAUGUUGAAAAAGAUGUUUUGAUCCCUAAAAUUAUGAGAGAAAAGGCCCGUGAAAGAUGUUCUGAACAAGUUCAAGAUUUUACCAAAUGUUGCAAGGACUCGGGAGUCCUUAUGGUAGUAAAAUGCCGGAAAGAAAAUUCUGCAUUGAAAGAAUGUCUAACUGCUCACUAUAAUGAUCCAACCUUUUAUGAAGAAUGCAAAAUGGAAUACCUGAAGGAAAGGGAAGAAUUUAGAAAAACUGGAAUUCCUACCAAGAAAAGGCUACAGAAGCUUCCCACAAGCAUGUAGACAAAUAUUCAGGUGAUACUCAAGAACCCUAAUAUUCAUGGAAAUCACAAUCACCUGAAAUAAGACUCCAGGAAGUGUGUUUGCAUUAUCCUAAAUUAUGGAAAUAUUAAUUUUAUGUGAAAUAAAGAUUUUUAAAA